AUGACCACCUCGCCCCUCCCCACCCGCCUCGCAACCCCAACCGAUGGCCCCCAAAUUAGAGACCUAGUCGAAUCCGCCUUCCGCGCCGCCGACACUCGCCCCAACUGGACGGGUGACCUCGCCCUCGGAGCGCGCUUCCACGUCGCGCUAGACGACAUCCUCACCCGCAUCACGGAAGAAGAUAGUGCAAUACUCAUCGCCACCGCCGCCGACGUCGACUCCAAUGAUCCGCCCAUUAUCGCCUGCGUCAGCAUGCGCAGGCACGGGCCCGGCCUCGCUCGACUCUCAUACUUGGCGGUUAAUCAAAGGUAUCAGCAGGGGGGCCUCGGACGAAUGAUUCUGAGUCUUGCGGAGGGCCAUUGCCGCGACGUCUGGGGGGUGAAGCGGGUGGGAUUAAAUGCGUUAGAUACGCGGUUGGCGCUGAUAGGGUGGGUGCAGGAUUGGGCUUGGGGCCGCUGCGAAGGCAUUAAGUCAGGUCAGGCUCACGUCACUGCCGGAUGGAACCUAUGUUGUCGGUUAUUAAGGUAG